AUGUUAUCGUAUAAAGCUUGUUCUGAUUCGCAUGGACAAGACUCUUCCUACUUCCUUGGGUGGCAAGAGUACGAGAAGAAUUCAUACCAUCAGAUUCACAAUCCAAACGGGAUUGUUCAGAUGGGACUUGCAGAAAAUCAGCUUUCCUUCGACCUUCUUGAAUCUUGGCUAGAAAGCAAUCCAGACUCUAUGGGUUUUAAGAGAAAUGGAGAAUCUAUCUUCAGAGAACUGGCUCUCUUCCAAGACUAUCAUGGCUUCCCUGCUUUCAAGAAUGCACUAGCUGAGUUCAUGGCUGAAAUAAGAAGAAAUAAAGUGAAAUUUGACCCAAACAAGCUUGUGCUCACUGCCGGCUCAACUUCUGCUAAUGAAACUCUAAUGUUUUGCCUUGCUGAACGCGGUGACGCCUUCCUUCUUCCAACGCCAUAUUACCCUGGAUUUGACAGAGAUCUUAAAUGGCGAACUGAGGUUGAAAUUGUUCCAAUACAUUGCUCAAGUUCAAACGGCUUUAGAAUUACCAUGUCUGCAUUAGAAAAAGCCUACCAACAAGCUAAAAAACUCGACUUGAAAGUGAAGGGGAUAUUGAUCGUGAAUCCUUCAAACCCUUUAGGCACAUCCAUGACUCGCAAUGAGCUUAACCUCAUUGUUAGCUUCGCCAUGGCCAAACAAGUUCAUAUAGUAAGCGACGAGAUCUUUUCAGGCACUGUUUUUGACAGCCCUAACUUCAUAAGCAUAGCAGAAGCCCUAGUGGACAGACAACUUGAGAAUACCGACAUGUGGAGCCGCAUUCACAUUGUCUAUAGCCUCUCAAAGGAUCUAGGCUUAUCGGGUUUUCGAGUUGGCAUGAUUUAUUCCAACAAUGAAACAGUAGUUUCUGCUGCAACCAAAAUGUCAAGCUUUGGCUUAGUUUCGUCCCAAACCCAGUACCUACUCUCAAACAUGCUAGCUGACAAGAAAUUUACAGGAAAAUACUUGAAAGAAAAUCAGAAGAGAAUAAAGAAGAGGAAACAAAUGCUUGUUUCCGGGCUUGAGAAUGCAGGAAUCGGGUGCUUGAAAAGCAAUGCCGGCUUGUUUUGCUGGGUGGACAUGAGGCAUCUUUUAAGCAAGCAAACGUUUGAAGCAGAGAAAGAGCUGUGGAAGAAAAUUUUAAGCGAAGUUGGUCUCAAUAUCUCUCCUGGAUCUUCUUGCCACUGCUCUGAGCCAGGUUGGUUCAGAAUUUGCUUUGCAAAUAUGUCAGCAGAAACACUUGGUGUUGCAAUGGAACGCAUCAAGGAUUUCGCAGAAUCUGUCACUUCCAAUAGGAGCAGAAGGAUCUAUAUAUGCCACCAAAUGAUCAGUGAUCAAAGAUCUCUGAUCAAUAAGUGGGUUUCCAAAUUAUCAUCAUACGAUCACGAAUCAGACCGUUAAAAUGUGCAGAGAUAUAUAUGAAUUGAAUCUGCUUGACAGCGCAAAAACGAAGACAUGUUUACGUAUAUUUACAGUUGAUU